AUGGCCCGAACGAAGCAGACCGCCCGCAAGUCGACCGGCGGCAAGGCCCCGCGGAAGCAGCUGGCCACCAAGGCGGCCCGCAAGAGCGCGCCGGCCACGGGCGGCGUGAAGAAGCCGCACCGCUACCGGCCGGGCACCGUGGCGCUGCGCGAGAUCCGGCGCUACCAGAAGUCCACCGAGCUGCUGAUCCGCAAGCUGCCUUUCCAGCGUCUGGUGCGCGAGAUCGCGCAGGACUUCAAGACGGACCUGCGCUUCCAGAGCUCGGCCGUGAUGGCGCUGCAGGAGGCCAGCGAGGCCUACCUGGUGGGCUUGUUCGAGGACACCAACCUGUGCGCCAUCCACGCCAAGCGCGUCACCAUCAUGCCCAAGGACAUCCAGCUGGCUCGCCGCAUCCGCGGGGAGCGCGCCUAAGCAGGAAGCGCGCGCCUCGCCUCGCCCGGUCCAUCGCACACAAAGGCUCUUUUCAGAGCCAACCACGGCGGCACUUGAAGGGCUGUACCGCUUACGCCCAGCUUCUAAGGGUGCUCGCGGGGCCGGGCGGGGGUUCGGGCCUUUGGGUCCGGAAAACCUUGGCCCGGCUUCCUGCAGUGAUGUGUUUAGUUGCCUUCCGGUGUCACUUCCUAGCCACUGCCCACCCAGGCCGACUACUUGACCCCUGCUUGAUCUCGGCUCCGGGCCUCUGGCUCCCUGGGGUCCUACCCUUUCACAGCGGACGCGCUCUGGCUUGGCCUACUCGGCCUGUUCCCGCCGCCGGUCCUCCCCCACAGCAGCAGCAAGAUGUAUGGUGAACCUGGGUUUCAAUGACCAGCAUAACCCAGGCCACUUUCUGAGAGCCAGAUCUUGAGGCAGUGUGGCUCCCUGCUCUUGCUUUUACUGUAGUGCUUCUGGAAGAUAUCCUGAGAUGCAGCCAGAGCUCUCUGUAAUUGUGAGACUGUCCCGCAAGGCUCUAAGUCCAACUUUCUGGGUGGCACUGAAAUCAUCUCCUUCCCCUCUACCCUCUCUUUUCCCCACUCCCUCAUCUCUCCUACUAGCAUCUUGCCUCAAAGGCUGAGUCCAGCUUGAGGUUGAAUUACCAGGUGAGAGAAGUCAAGGACUAGCCUAACUGGCUAGGGGACUGGCAUGGGAUCUAGAAAGGCCACACUAUAAGACACACCUUACCUUUGUGGAUCUUUAUUUGCACCUAGAAAUGGCCAACAAUUCUUUUACUACAGUUGAUAAGUAAAAGGAGAAUUCACAGGCUGUGUGGUGUAGGGGCCCUCCCUGUAAUCCCAGCACUAGGGAAAUUGAGGCAGAAGGAUCACUUCGAGUUCAAGGCCAGCCUGAAUUGCAGAGAACUGCUUUUAUUUCUAGUAUCAGGGAUUUCAGAAUAGGCUGUUACAGGCUGAAUUAUGCCCACUUACCCCAUUCAUAUCUUGAAACCCUACUCUUAGUUACUCAGAAUUUGACUGUAUUUGGAGACAGGAUUAAGAGGUGAUUAAAUCAAAACGGAGCCAUUAGGGUGGGCCUAAUACAAAAUCAUGACACCCUUAUAAUAAGAGGUUAGCAUAGUGAGGAGCACAUGAACAAGCCAACAUUCUGAUGUUGGACUUCUAAGCUCCAGAAUUGUGAGAAAAUACAUUUCUCUUAUUAAAGCACCCCUAGUUUGUGGUAUUUUGUUGCCGUGGCCUGCUGUGGUUUGAGAUGUGUCCCCUGAAAGUUUCACUUGUGCUAAAAAUUGUGUCACCACAGAGAGCUCCAGAGAUCCCGCCAUGGAGAGACUCAGGCAGCUUAUUCACCCGCCCUCUUGGUAAGCACCUGCAGCUUGGGCCUGGAAAAGAACCGUUACCUGUGAGCCUACUGUUACUCGAGCUGAAAAUCAAGCACCCUUCUCCCACCUGCCCCUUUCCCCUUAGCUACUGGGGAUAGAUGUUUCAACAUUCUUGGGAGGAUGACCAUAUGCAGUAAAGCAAAUAUGGGGGAUUUCUUUCUAUCUUCUGUUUGAAGGCACAGGUUGUUUUCACUGUUUUGUUAUGUUUCUUUUGCUCUAUUCAGUAUUCUCAAUUGGUUUUACAAUGUUCUAUUUUUGGUUUGAUUUUACAAUACGUAAUUGACUGGACAGCUAUUGUUAAGUUAAAGAGAUAUACCAUAGUACUUAUUACUACUAUCCCAGUAUCCUACUGUGAAAUCCUGUACCAAUUUCACUGCAUUGUCUCGAUUGGCUUUGUUCUGUCUUGUGCUGUUGCAUUUUUACAACUUUCAAAAUUAAAAAAAAAAAAAUACAUGUUAAGACUCAUGCAUGUGUAGAAUCUAUAAACAGUUUAUGAGAACUGGCCUUAUGACAAUUGAUGAAAUGAACAGAUGCUUUGAAGAAAAGGAGACACUAAAAUAGCCAGUGCUGAUCCUGGAGUGUCAUAACGUGAAACCCAGCAAUAGUGUUAUUAUUUGUUCAGAGUGAUAUUAACCUGGGUUUAUUCAAAGUCAACAUAAUUGAAGAUAUGGGUAACUGUAUAUAUGUUUAAGUGUAUAGAAUUGAUAACCAUAUUUCUAAGUUUUUGUUGGAUAGUUGAACAGAACUGGUUGCAAUCUCACUGUUUGAAUCCCCACUUUAUAUGCUCCACUUUAGUAUCUUGAAUAACUAUUUGUAAGAAGACAAUCUGUAAUCAUCAACUAGUGAUUUCUUACCUUUUAUUUUUUCUUUGAAAUCAUGUAUUAUUUCUACCCGUUUUCUGUUUUUUUAGUCUUUCUUUAAAUUCAGUUUUAAAAAGAAGACACUACAGUACCCAGUGCUGAUCACGGAGUGUCAUGAUGUGAAAUCCAGCAAUACUAUUAUUCUUUGUUCAGAAUAAUUUUAACCUGCUUUAGUUGUUUAAACAUAAAUGAAGAUAUGGAUAACUGCAUGUAUGUUUAAAUGUAUAGGAUUGACAACCAUGUUACUAAGUUUUUGUUGGACAGUUGAUUAGAACUUUUUGAAGUCUCUCUGUUUGAAUUCCCACUUUACAUGUUCCAUUUUUGUACCUUGAACAACUAUUUGUAAAAUGACAUCAACUAGUGAUUUCUUACUGUUUCUUUUUCUCUGAACGUAUAUACUAUUUCUACCUACUUUCUGUUUUGUUUAAUCUUUCUUUAAAUAAAAUUUUUUUAAAAAAAUUAUAAAAAUAAAUGAAUAAAAAUUGUGUCACCACA